AUGGGUAACCAAGUUUCCACGGAGGAUCACAUCUUUCGAUUGAAAUUAAAAACGAAGGAACUAGAAAAAUUAUCAAGCAGGUCAGAAUUAGAAGAGAAAAAGCUCGUAGGCGAUGUCAAAAAGGCUAUACAGGCAGGGAAGAUCGACAUAGCAAGGCUCUAUGCAGAAAAAUGCAUAAGAAAAAAAAACGAAAAAAUUAACUACCUCAAUUUGAGUAACAAAUUGGAUAUCCUUGUAUCAAGGCUCGAGGGGGCUCACAGGUCAGCGUCGCUAGUUAAAGACGUAAGCAUGAUGAUUCCGCUGAUACAGAAGAUAAGCACUGAGACCAAUGCCAUCAAAAUUGGGAAUGACGUGAUGAAACUAGAAAACAUCUUUGACGAAAUUAGCAUCAGCUCGGACCUCAUAAACGAUACCGUUCAGACGUCCUCUACGAUCAACGCCCCCACGGAGGAGGUUGACGAAUUGAUCUCCAAAAUAGCAGAUGAGCAUGCAAUAACGCUAGAUGGACAGCUUGGCCCCGUAAAUUCAAUUAAUAAGCAUUUGGAAGAAAUUUCUAACAUGAGCGAACGGAUAAAAAAUUUAAAAUGA